CUCGGGCCCUUCCGCACUUUUGGGGGCGGGGGUGCGCAGGCGCAGUGGGAGAGCUCUGGGGUCGCGGGUAGCGGUGGCGUAUCAAAUUGCUCCGUGUCCCAGCAGAGGAAGCUAGGACGCUGAGGGUCUAGUCUCCAGCCUGCUCUCCAUUAUAUCCGUUGGAAGAUAAAAGUUUGUGAAUUGGGACACCAAGUUUUGGGGAAACGGGGCUUGCGGCGCGGGGGGACAGAGGAGACUCCUGGGGAGCUUCCCCCAUGGAGCCCACCCAACCUGCAGAGGACCUCAUCCUGACUGAGCAGCCCCCUGCCUCAGAACUUGGGGACCCCGAAGACCCCGGGGAUGAAGCUCCAGAUGGCUCAGAGACUGUGGUCCUCAGUCUCUUCCCUUGUACCCCAGAGCCCGGGAAUCCUGAACCAGAUGCCAGUGUCUCCUCACUGCAGGCCGCUUGCCCGUGGACUCCUUUGAGGGCAAAGCCUCUGUCUCGUUUGCUGGGACACUGCGAGACGUGGAAGGGAAAGAUGCAUCCUGGGUAUCCAGGAGAAAACGGCAGCUCCCUGAAGCACUCUACAACCCUCACCAACCGGCAGCGGGGAAAUGAGGUGUCGGCCCUGCCAGCUACCCUAGACUCCCUGUCUAUCCACCAGCUCGCGGCCCAGGGGGAGCUGAGCCAGCUGAAAGAGCAUCUGAGGAAAGGAGACAACCUCAUCAACAAGCCGGACGAGCGAGGCUUCACCCCACUCAUCUGGGCCUCUGCCUUUGGAGAGAUCGAGACCGUCCGCUUCCUACUUGAGUGGGGUGCUGACCCCCACAUCCUGGCCAAGGAGCGGGAGAGCGCCCUGUCACUGGCCAGCACAGGUGGCUACACGGACAUUGUGGGGCUGUUGCUUGAGCGUGACGUGGACAUCAACAUCUAUGACUGGAAUGGAGGGACGCCCCUGCUGUAUGCAGUGCGUGGGAACCAUGUGAAGUGCGUUGAGGCCUUGCUGGCCCGAGGUGCCGACCUCACCACUGAAGCCGACUCAGGCUACACUCCGAUGGACCUCGCCGUGGCCUUGGGAUACCGGAAAGUGCAACAGGUGAUCGAGAACCACAUCCUCAAACUCUUCCAGAGCAACCUGGUGCCCACUGACCCCGAGUGAAGGCCACCUACUGGGAACUCAGUCACUCAGGGAACAAAAAGGUCGACUCAGAGCUGGGGGAACCCAGAACUGGCUUCAGAGGCAGCUCUUGGACAGGCGGUGGGAGGGGACCCUUCCCAACAGGAACCAAUAAACUUUCUGUGCAGCAGAA